UCGUAUUCUUAUAUAAAUAUAAUAUGAAGUGACAUUUAAACAUAUAUAUACAAAUAUACAUAGUCUACAUUAACAUAUGUCAUGUUCAGUAUUCUUCAUAUUUACUAAUAUAAUAAUAAAAAGAAUACCAAAUACUUUCACAAAAUGAAGUAUGUAUGAUAUAUAUAUUUUAUCAAAAUACGAGACGUUUCAAAGUUAACAGUGCUGGAUUAGUAUAUUUCGAUUAUAAAAUUAAAUUACAACCUAUUCAUAAUAUGUUGCAUUUAAUGAGAGAAAACUUAGAAAAAAUACACUAUUCACAUUAAAUUACGGUAUAAUUUGGAAUAAUGGACAAUUUAUCUGAUUCAUUUAAAGGAGAGUUAGAUUCUGUUACAUCAACAGAUUCUCUGCAAUUGAUGACCGAUGAAUUUCAUAUUAGACACUUAUCAACACCAGAUGUUUCAAAUAUAGAAUUAUCAAAACGUGUUGCAUUAUUAGAACUAGAAAAUGAGCGACUUCGAAUAGAUCUAGAAAAUAUGCGUAUUGAACUCAAUGCAAGAAUUGCUGCUAAUGAAGGGCUUAAAGGAAAAAUCACAGAAUUGUAUGUAGAAAUGCAGUUAGUAGUUCAGGAAAAACAAAAAUUACAAAAUACUCUAACAGAUGUAAAAAAUCAUUUAGAUGCAUCAGAAGCAUCUGUAAAAUGGUAUCAAUCUCAAGUACAUGGUCUACAAGCAAGCAAGAAAACUUUACAAUUAGAAAUUGAUACCUAUCAAGGAAUUUUGCAGCAAAGACAGCAAACAAUAGCAAACAUAAAUGCUAGAUAUAAGCAAUUAAACAUAGAUUAUUCAGAACUUCUUCAAAAACACAGAAAAGAAAAGCAAGAUUUGGAAUAUGAGGUACAAAACUUAAAGACACAAAAUCAAUCAAACAGUAUUUUAGAAUCAUUAGAUAUCAGUACAUCAAGUUCUUCAGAUGUCUCCACAAAGUUAGAAUUAACAGAAGAUGAAUUAAGAGAUACAAAAGCAGAGUUAAAAACAUUAGAAAAACGACUUUUAGGUAAUGAAGUUUCUAAAGCAUUGAUGGAAAAUGCUUUGGCUAAGCAACGUAUAUUAAUUACAACUAUGGAAGAAAGUAUACAGAAAUGUGAAACUGAAAAAAAUCAAACUGCUGAUACAUUGCGUAAAACGCAACUUGAAAUUCAAAAGUUAAAAUCUGAGAAUGAAGCAUUACAGACUACUCUGUUGUCUUCUAAACAGGAACAAAGUCAGAUAGAAGAUGCAAUCUUUCAAUUGCGAUUACAGUUAACUAAAAUGAUUGCACAGUAUAAACUUCUAAAAUCAAAAAAUAUAGAAGCAGAGGAAAAAUUGAAUUCAAUGCAAGAUGUAAUAAAUGAAAAUAAACGUUUAAAAACAUUAUCAUAUGAAGCUAACACUGCUUUAAUCAGAAAACUUAGACAAGAAAAACGAAAAGUUAAAAGUUUAGAAAAUAAACUUCAUGGAAUUCAAAUAAAGGGACAUUUAACCACUAUGAAAAACAAAAUGGAAGUUUCUUUACAUGAAUGCCUAAAACAGGUUUUAAUGAGAAAUAAAGAUUUAAAAGAUCAAUUGAAGGCACUAGCAAAAACUUCAGAUGAAAGUAUUGAUGAAGGAUAUGGUGACAACAGUAUUGUUAGUUCUGUUUCUAUAGACAUUCCCUCACCAAAAUCUAUCAGUCCAGUAUUAUUAGAUGCAGCUUCCAAUAUUUUGCUGCAAUGUAAGGACUUUUAUAAACCAGUACAAACAGAACUUGAACAGUUAAAAUUAAAACUUAAUAAACUAAAGGAACAAUAUACUACAUAGUAUUAAAUUAUUUUCAACCAUUUAUGAUUUUAUUACAUAUCCAUAAAAGGCAAUGACUGGUAUUCAUAAUAUUGAUUAUAAAUUAAUUGUAAAUAUACUAACUUAUUAUUAAUCUUAUAAUUUGAUUGUUAUAAGCGUCCUAAGUUAUACAUUUAUUUUUUUUUUAAACUAACAAUUUAUACAUUCCUAAUCAAGAUGAAAAUGCUGUGCACAAUUUUAAAUACAAGAUACAAUAAAAAAAGAAUUAUUUUUA